AAGGUAUCUUAUGGGAUAUUAAGAAAUUUUUUGAAAAAAAUCCUACCACUUUACAAGAAGUAAAAAAUUUCUUGGCGGAAAAAAAUUAUCCGGACCCUAUGGAAGAAAUAAAUUUAGAAGGUGCACCAAUGAAAGAACUAAGAAAAUUAAAUCAACAAGGCAAAGUCCCCAGGUUAAGUGAAGACACGACCGAAGCAUUAUUAUAUGAAAAUUUUAUUCAACUAAAUGCAGUAGGAGAUGGAAAUUGCUUUUUGAACUCCUAUUCAGUUUUCUUGACUGGGAGAGAGAGAGAUACGUCUUAUGCUUUGCCCCUCCGUGUUAAAAUGUGCCUUGAAUUAAUGACUAAAAUUGAUAAUUUUUUUCCGGGUUAUGAUAUUUAUGAAGAUAGAAAAGAAGAAUACAAUACUCAUAUUGAAAUUAUGGCUUUUAUUUUAAAAAGACCAUUAGUGGUGAUUUCUAAUUUAGAAGAACAUGGUAGAACUACUCGGGGAUUUGAGACUGAAUAUAAUGACCCAUGA